GCCCCGCCCCCCUUUUCAGCAUGAGCCAAUAACACGCGGAAGUGAGUCCAAACUUGUCAACAAGAAAGGCCGACUGACAUGGGGAAGUCUUCCUGAAGCGAAGUCUCCAAAAAUGGCACUUUUGACUUUUUUUUAAAACCCCUUUAAGCCCUCAGUUUUGACAUCAUUUCCACGAUGACAUUCACUUACAACUUUUGUGCCCUCCUAGCUUUCACCAUAACAGCGUGCAGCCGUCUUGAGCCUGCCCUCUGCUCCGCCCGAUGUGGGCACUCCCUCCAGGUCUUAGACAGUAAAGUGGGAGAGAUCAGGAGCUCAGCUUAUCACAGCUGGUCCUACCGCUUUGGCUCAACCUACGACUGCUGGAUCAUCAAGGGGGUGGAAGGUGAACCUAUUGUCUUAAGUUUCUCUCAGUUCUCGGCUCGCUGUCGGAAGGAAUGGGUGACGAUAAAAUCCUCAGCUGGUGGAGAUCCGGUCGUCCUUUGUGGCUCCAAGCUGCCGCAGCCAAUGGAGUUCCCAGGGGGAAAUAUUUCAGUGACGCACCACUUCCUCCCGCAUCAGUUCCCUGUAUCGUCCUUUCUGUUGAAUUACGCCAGAGACUCCGGGGAGUGUCCAGUGACAUCCUUCGAGUGCCUUGGGGGUCGCUGCCUGCCUCUCUCAUGGCGUUGUAACGGUCAGGUGGAGUGUCUCGAUGAAGCCGCCGGCCUCGGCACAGAUGAGCAGGGCUGUGAUUUAGACGAAGAAGAAACCCCCGAGCCCUUGCUCAAGUUUAGCGGCACACCGGCCGUAGACGUCAGAGCGGACUCGAUCACCGAGCGAAACAACGACAGAGACGCAGCCGAGAAGACGCCUGAGAUCGAUACGGUCUCUGAUCUUUGGGCGCAGCUGAAGGCGCGGGCAGCGGAGGAGGCGCAGUUGGAUCGAGAGCAGUCUCAGACUCGCCGGGAGCCGGCCUUUACUCCCGCCCCCAUCGAGUGGCCCUGCGGAGGACUCCUGCAGACCUUCUACGGGACCUUCUCUCCUCCAACCAUCCGCGGCCCGGCAAUGUUAUGCAUCUGGACUCUGGACCCGCAGGACUCCAGGCCCCUGAGACUGGACCUGCAGCAGCUGGUUUUAGGACCCGGGGAUCGACUCACCGUGUUCAACAGAGAGCAAGGCAAAGGGGACGUUAUUAAAAUUAUCACCAGCGCCUCCAAUUACAAAUCAGUCCAGGUUGAAUCCCACACCGGCCGGCUCUCCAUGACCUACGAGACUCUUCCAGGCUCGGAGGGCAGCGGCUUCAACGCCACCUUCCACGUCGGGACCUACUGCCCCCCCUGGGAGGGCCGCUGUGGGGGAGCCGCUGGAGGUUGCUUCACCCAGGAGCAACGCUGCGACGGGAAGUGGGACUGUCCCGAGACGGGGAAGGACGAGGAGGGAUGCAGGGGCUGCAACCUGAAUCAGUUCGCCUGCGGGAUGGCGGGGCAGAGAGCCGUGUCGUCCAGUCAUUAUGCGGGCAGGCCGGUUUGUUACCCGGUCUCGGAGCGAUGCAACUACCAGCUGUAUUGUGCCGACGGCAGCGACGAGAGGGACUGCACCGUUUGCCAGCCGGGGACCUUUCAUUGUGACAGCGACAGGUGUGUGUUUGAGAGCUGGCGCUGUGACGGCCAGGUGGACUGUAAGGACGGAACGGACGAGCUCAACUGCACCGUCAUCCUGCCCCGCAAGGUCAUCACCGCGGCAACAGUGGGCAGCUUAGUCUGCGGGCUUCUGCUUGUUAUCGCCAUGGGCUGCACCUGUAAAUUGUACUCGCUCAGGACCAGAGAAUACAGCUUGUUCGCUCCAAUUAGCCGCCAAGAAGCGGAACUGAUUCAACAGCAGGCUCCGCCCUCCUACGGUCAGCUGAUCGCCCAGGGCAUCAUCCCCCCUGUGGAGGACUUCCCCACAGAAAACCCCAACGAGACCUCGUCUCUUUCUCUGAGGGGAAUUCUCCAGCUCCUUCGCCAGGACGCCGCUAACUCACCACACCGCAGACGCCGGCCUCGAUUCGUCCGCCGAGCCGUCCGCCGCAUGAGAAGGUGGGGUCUAAUCCCCAGACCUCCCUCCAGGCCGAGCCAGGCGUCCAGCUCUAGCCAGCAGCAGUCGGACUCCGCUCCAUCUGGACAGGAACCGGCUCACUCCACCCCCACCAGCUCCUCUUCGGCGGUGGAGGCCGUCAACCAGCCGGUGCCUCAGAAACUCGGCCUGCUGGUUCAGACGGAGCAGCAGCAGCAGCAGCAGCAGCAGCAGCAGCAGCAACAACAGGAUGCGCCGCCGCUUCUGCUCCAGCCUCCAGCUGCUUCCCCACCUCCACCUCCGUAUGCUCCACCAGCUCCACCCUCGGCCACUCCUCCCGUCCCGCCGAGCAGCCCCUCUCUGGCCUCCAUCUUCCACACCCUGGGGCUGAGCAUCUCCCUUUUCAGAGCCUCGCCCUCCUCCCACUCCUCGUCCUCCAGCAACUCCAUGCCCCUCUCUGCCUCGCCCUCCUUCUCCUCGUCCUCGUCAGACGACGAGGUGCUGCUCAUCCCUCUGUCCGAAGACACCAAUUCAGAGGACGAUGUGCCCAUGCUCACCUGAAUGACUCCCAGUGACCCCCCCCCCACCCAACACCCCUCCUUUGACAUCUUCACUCACCGAUUAUAAUUGACCAUAUUUAUAUGGCGUCCAUUUUCCUCUGCUGUCAAAGGCUGGGCAGGAAGUUCAACAUGCUGUUAGGUCACAUGUUGUGGAAACGCAGGAAAAAAGACACAAAAUAUAAAACAAUCGCUAGAAAUAUUUAGAGAAUCAUUGGCUGUACUACAAAUUAAAAUAAGCUACCAUCAGACAACAGCUAACAUUAGCACUGAGUCACUCCUUCCAUAUAUUACUGAUAGCUAAGAUGUAACUGAAUGCUAGUUAAACAUUUUGACCGCUGUCCUAAGAUGUGAUGGGGAAAAGCACAACUGACCAUCUGUAAUGUCAGCAGUCAUCCACUUCCUACCUUACUUUACCUUUGACGAGGAAGCGUAUGCUAACGUCACCUUUAGGCGCACGGCAACACUAGCAGGGAGUGAGUGGAUGCUAACGUGUGCUGUUGUCUGACUGAAGCUUUUUGGUCUUUUUAUGGCUUGUUCAUCAUUUAUUAUCAUUUUAAAUGUAUUGUUAGCCUUCAGCCAUUUCUAAGCUAGCGAAGUCUGUGUAUGCAUUUCCUGUUUUAUUUUUUUAACUCUUUUAAAUGGUCAUUUUAGUUUUUAAGCUAUUUUUUUUUUUUGUUUUUAAGCAAACAUUAACAUUUAAUUGGAAGUUGCUGAAUGCUAACGUUCUCUUAUAAAGGUAAACAGCAGGCUAAUACUAGCUAAUGUGGAUGUUUUGUCAGGUUUCCUACACUUGUACACUUCACAACCUUGGAUCUCAGCAGAAAGCCAAAACAGCAUGGGAGCCUCCCACCCUGAGCGUGAUGUCACAGGAAAAUGGCGGCCGUGUGGAUGCGGUCGAUUGAACCCCAGUCUUUCCACGUUUGUUUGAACUUGCGCACAGGAGUGGCCCACAGCGAGACUCGCCCGCACUGUGCAAGUCUGGUGCCUUUUUGAAAUUGAUUUGUUGACCUAUGGAAUCAAGUAUUUGACUUUUUUUUUUUUUUUUUCUUUUUUAAAGAGAGAUCACAUUGAGAAAGUUUUAGACGAAAAGCAUGGCUGACCUGACGUACGUUUUGAGUGUUGGAUGUGCACUUAAUUAACGCUAGGCUGCACAUUGAAGGUAAACUUUUGCACAGAGGAAUCUUCCCUAUCCUGAAACUGAGGCAGGCUGCUGUCAGAUUGAAUGAUUCGAGUUUUUAUUUUAUUUUAGAGAAUAUGAUGGAAAAUAUUGUGUUUUGUAUGACUGCAUCUGUGUGAAUGCAGAUGCAUUUGAGUCUUACGUCGACAGUGGAGUAUGUUUGUAGAUGUGGACUGUCUCCACGUACUUCAGCCACCCGCAUCCGGUCACAUGUUUUAUCACCGGCUAUUACAUCAAAAUGAAUCAUUUCCCCGAUUUAAGUGCCUUUUGAGGAGAUUUGGUUGAGCCCUGAUACCCACACUGCACACCGGAAAAACACACAGAGGCACGUUUUUCUCACAUCACAGCACGCAUUGACACAACAGGCUUUAUUAUAACAAAAACGAAAUGCAUGUCUACUCUGCAAUAACUCUUUGGGACGCAUACACACUGAUGUACCUUUCCCAAGUGAAUGUAUGUAAUCUACAAAAAAGACAAUGUGUCAAAAAGACAAUCUGGUGCCUGGUUAUAGGUUGUGUGUGUGUGUGUGUGUUUGUAGUGUGUACAGGAAGAUGAGGCGCCCGAGUGAUUAAAGAGGGCCCUGAUUUCACAAAAUAACCUCAACUUGAAUCUUCAACCCUUGAGGGGAAUCGAUCACAUUCUGUCAUAUUCUGACACAACAGAUUCAUGGUGUGCCAUGUGUGUUAUUGGACAAUUGAUGUUGUUUUUAUUUCAAGUUAAUUCUCUUCUUUUAAGUUCCGUUUUACUUUGCUGAAUGUAUUUGGGUCGACAGUGAUUAGCCAGACGUUUUGAAUCACCAAUGUUUCGAGGUAAUAAAGAGAGAAAGUGAUUUUAUGGUUUAUUAGGGUCAACUUCACUGUAAAUAAGUAAAAAAAAAUGUGGCUGAGAUUAAACAAUUUGCACUUUUA